UGCUUAGGGUACACAGCUUAUUACUCAAACUUCUUCUUCAUUUAAUUUGUUCUGUUUUAGCUCUCUUUCUCAUCCUCUCUUCGCUUCCCUCUCCUCCUCUGUUUCAACUCUUCAUUUACGCUUGCAUCUUCACUCAACCCCCACUUGUUCCCAAUUCAAAGCUUUCAUUUCCCAGAAGGAGUAAUCAAGCUUGAGUUCUGAGUUCUGUUCUCAAGUGUGCUGAAGCGUGUUCUUCAAAACAACAACAUGCUGUCGAGCAACUAGACCUGCCAAAUUUUGAAUUCAGUACUUUGGAGAUCAGUUGUUGCAAUCAGAAUUCGCGUUUCUAGCUAAGAUGCUCUGUAAGGAUUCAUACAAGAUAAAUUGCUGUGGCCUUUUUCUGUUUUUCUUCUUUAUCCAAAAUGACCCGCGGUUUUGUUUACUAAUAGCUCAUGUCGUGGCAUUAUUAGAUAUGGGAUAAUGAAGUUUGAUUAAAACUUAAAUUUCUAUGGGAUUAAUUGCUCUAAGGGACUGCUUUUCUUGGAAAAUCAUUUUAUGAAGAGGUCUUAUCCAUGUGGAAAUAUAAUGGUUGGUUUCUUCUAUGAGGGAUGGUGUUGAAUUUCAUCUAAAUGAUACAGGACGACUUUGGUAGAAUAGAAGAAGGCGAAAUGAGAAUAAUAUUUAAGCAGGAAGAAGAAAGCACACUCUGAUAGUUCUUAAAUCAUAUCUUAAUAGAACUGACAACCCAAACCCAUGGAAAUUAUAGAGUAUUUGUAAUACGAAACUAAGAUAACUAAGAACUCAAAUUAUAGUUAAAUGAUAUCAAAAUAAUGCCUGAGGCCUCUGGAUGUUUUCAACAUCUAUGAUUUGAGGCUGUAAAUUGCUAAUACAAAUUAGGAUUGACAUGUUCAAGUGGAGGGUGGGCUAGAAUGGAAGUUUCCUUGUGCUUCCUGGGAAUGGGAUACUAAACUCCUGUAGUAUCCUCUCUAUCCCUCUCCUGUGAGGAAAUUGCUAGGAAUUGGAGUUUGGCAGCUACAUAUUGAUGGCUAUGGUUGAAUCGAUUCUUGAUCUUCAAGUACAAGAUCCGCCAGAGGAAGAGUUCUAUUCAGCUGAUUUAACUUGGACCAAGUUUGGCACUGUUGAACACCAUGAUGAAGUAGCUUUGAUUCCUUAUGCCCGAGUAGAUGCAUUUAUAAUUGGUGAAUGUACUAAUAUAGAAUGCCCGACCCGGUUUCAUAUUGAGAGGGGAAGGAAGCGAUCGAGGGGUAGCUUGAAAGAGUUCAAGGAUGAUGAAUAUUUGGAAUAUCGACAAUACUGGUGCUCGUUUGGUCCAGAAAAUUAUGGGGAAGGUGGAAGUAUUUUACCUAGUAGAAGAUAUAGGCUCAACACUCGAAAUCGUGCUGCUAGACCUCAAUCAAUGCGAGGUUGUACCUGCCAUUUUGUUGUAAAGAGACUGUAUGCUCGUCCAUCUCUGGCACUUAUAAUAUAUAAUGAGAGGCGUCAUGUGAACAAGUCUGGCUUUGUAUGCCAUGGGCCAUUUGACAGAGAGGCCAUUGGCCCUGGUGCGAACAAGAUUCCAUAUAUUUGUAAUGAGAUCCAACAACAGACAAUGUCAAUGAUUUACCUGGGAAUUCCUGAGGCAAACAUUGUGGAGAAACAUCUUGAGUGUCUUCAGCGAUAUUGUGGUUCAAAUGCAAAAGCGAAUAGUCUUGCUUCCCAGUAUGUUCACAAACUAGGGAUGAUCAUCAAACGGUCUACCCAUGAGCUUGAUCUGGAUGAUCAAGCUAGCAUUAGCAUGUGGAUUGAGCGCAAUAAAAAGUCCAUAUUUUUUCAUCAGGAUACUUCAGAAGAAAAUCCUUUCAUUCUUGGGAUUCAAACAGAAUGGCAAUUGCAACAGAUGAUUCGGUUUGGCCAUCGUAGUCUCAUUGCUGCUGAUUCAACAUUUGGCAUUAAGAGGCUUAAGUAUCCCCUGUGUACACUUCUCGUGUUUGACUCUAGACAGCAUGCACUCCCUGUUGCAUGGAUCAUCACUCGCAGCUUUGCGAAAUCAGAUGUUUGCAAAUGGAUGAAAGCCUUACUUGAUCGUGCUCAUUCUGUAGAGCCUGGAUGGAAAGUUAGUGGGUUUUUAAUUGAUGACGCAGCCACAGAGAUUGAUCCUAUCAUGGACAUAUUCUGUUGUCCUGUGCUUUUUUCCCUGUGGCGCAUUCGUAGGUCAUGGUUAAAAAAUGUUGUUAGGAAAUGCAGUAGCAUUGAAGUUCAGAGGGAAAUAUUCAAGCGGCUGGGAAAAUUAGUGUACAGCAUUUGGGACGGAGUCAAUACUUCGGUUGUUUUGGAAGAACUUACCCGUGAUUUUGCUGACCAAACCGCUUUCAUGGAAUAUUUCAAGGGUUCUUGGGUGCCAAAGAUUGAAAUGUGGCUUUCUGCGAUGAGAGCUUUUCCACUUGCAAGCCAAGAGGCAUCUGGUGCUAUUGAGGCCUAUCACAUGAAGCUGAAGGCAAAACUGUUUGAUGACUCUCAUCUUGGUGCUUUUCAGAGGGUGGAUUGGUUGGUUCACAAGUUGACCACUGAAUUGCAUUCAACCUACUGGCUAGAUCGCUAUGCUGAUGAAAGUGAUUCAUUUCAAAAUGUGAAGGAAGAGUAUAUUUCUUCUACUUCUUGGCACCGUGCACUGCAAAUUCCAGAUUCUUCAGUUACCUUAGAUGAGGAAAAUCACCUGUUUGCCAAAGUUGUGAGCCAAAAGGACACCAGUGUUUCACAUGUAGUUUGGAAUCCAGGGUCGGAAUUCUCAUUUUGUGAUUGUUCUUGGUCAAUGCAAGGAAAUCUUUGCAAACAUGUGAUCAAGGUGAAUAUGGUAUGUGAAAAUUGCCCGGGUUACAAACCUUCCAUGUCUUUUCAAUCAUUUGAGGAGAUAUUGAUGAAUAUGUCUAAACUACCAAUGGAUGAUUCUGUUGCUUUGGAUGUGUCAAUGGCCUGGACCCAUCAGAUUCUCGAUGAAGUUCAGAAACUUGUUGAAUUGAAUUCUUCAAAUGAUAUUAGCUCUGUGGUAAAUAAGCUGCCCUUGAAAUGGGCUUCUGGGAAGGGUAGAACCAGUUUUAGGAAACCAUCAUCUACCGUGUCUCUUCCAUCGGAGUCCAAUACUGUCAAAAAGGCCAUGCAAAAGAAGAACCAGAAAAGGAAAAGAUUGUCAUCAAUAAGAUAAAUUGCUCUACUUGUCCACCGUUUUAUUCCCAUACGGAUUUGGACAUUGAACGUUGGGUUUCUUUCAAAACUUCGAGUUCAACUCAAAUGAUUGUUUAAGGUCUGGAGCCUUAUUGAGUAACUUAAGAUUGAAGUAUGCUCAUUUAACAAGCACAGAUUACAACUAGGACAGCCAAGAUUAACUGGACGUCACUCAUUAUGUCGCCACACGAAGGCGUAGUUCUCGAGUCUUUCCAUUGAGGCCCUUUUGAUACACUUCAAUUUACCAGGGAUCAUUUGCGGAAACAGUCCUACUUUAUUACAUUACAUUCAGAGUUGAUGCUUCCGAGUUUUGCAGGAAUAUUUAUAUAGAAAACAUUGUCAAUAUGAUCAUUUCAGAUACUUGUUCAUUUUAGGUAGCUUUGCUCGAGUAUGAGUAGAAUUAUUUAGUUAGGCAGUUUUUUGCCAUGCUGAUUUACUGAUUUUAGGUAGCCACUCCAGAAGCUAGAGAGAGAUUAUCAUUGUACUUACAUUCAAUCCCAUUGCUGAGAAAAUAAAGUUAAAAGUUGCUAGCAAGUUUGAUUGGUUCUGUAGCUUAUUUGAAGAAGUUCACUCUUUUUUUGGUCUCUGAUGAA